CCAAUUCCAACCAAAAUAAAUAAAUAUAACAAGAAGAAGAAGAAGAAGAAGAAACAAACACACAGACGCACAAGUUCUGAUUCAGUUGCAACAGAAGGCUCACACCUCCUCUUCUCCAUCCUCUACUACUGCCAAAAACAGGUAUGAAUAUGAGACAACAUUUGUCAUCUAUUCAUCAUCAUCUCUUCUUUUCUUCAUUCAUUGAUCUUAUCGAACUUGGUUACAUUUCAAUCUAAUCACUUCAAACAACAAUUCAUACAAUUUCUCACUCUCCACUAUAUAUCUUUAAUCUUAACGCCAACACCAGCUAAUUAUCAUUUCACGUUUAUCAAUCAGAGAUCCCUCUCCACUCCACUCCACUCUGGUUGCGCUCACUUAUACUAAGCGUGUGUGUGAUGGUUUCCAUUUGAGCCUCAUGAUCAUGGCCACCGCUGCUGUUAUCGGACUUAGCACUGGUAAAAGGCUUCUCCUCAGUUCUACCUUCUCCUACUCUGAUCUUUCAGACAAGCUUGCCUGCACCACCGAUCCACACUAUCAAAUUGCUUCCACAAAAAAUGCCAUCACCGCUAAAAAGUCAUCCAAUUUCAUUUCAAAUCGACGUCCGCCAGCCUCCGUUAGGGCUCUUAAAGAACACGUGGAUACUGCCUCCAACAACUGUACUUUGGAGCCGUGGCUAAUUCAUGGUUCCACACUCUCAACUGAUGAAACCACUGAUCCUGAGUAUUUAGUCGAUGCUGUCCUUCUAUUGCAAAAAUCUAUGCUCGAAAAGCAGUGGAAUCUUUCGGCUGAGACCACCACAAAAGCAGUUAUCCCCAAAGACAGAGCUCGCAAUAAAAUUGAAGUCACUUGUUCUGGAACUUCUGCUCGACGCCGCAGAAUGGAUUCUAGGAAAAAAAUUCUUGGUCGAAAAUUUCCUGCUUCCCAACUGACUACAAGCAGGCAGUGGCGGUCCAUUGUCAGUCCGGAACUACUUCAGAAUCGAUUGAAAGGAUAUGUAAAGGGUGUUGUAAGCGAAGAAUUGCUCACUCAUGCCCAAGUCGUGCAACUAUCAGAAAAAAUUAAAGCAGGUCUUUUGUUAGAAGAGCAGAAGUCGAGACUGAAAGAAAGAUUGGGAUUUGAGCCUUCAGAUGAGCAACUUGCAACUUCCCUGCGGAUUAGUCGGACUAAUUUACAGUCAAAAUUGAUCGAGUGUUCACUGGCAAGAGACAAGCUGGCAAUGAGCAAUAUUCGUCUUGUCAUGUCUAUUGCUCAGAGAUAUGAUAACAUGGGGGCUGAAAUGGCUGACCUUAUUCAGGGUGGUCUGAUUGGAUUGCUCAGAGGAAUUGAGAAAUUUGACUCUUCCAAGGGAUUUAAGAUAUCAACUUAUGUUUAUUGGUGGAUUCGACAGGGUGUUUCAAGAGCUUUAGUGGAAAACUCAAGAACCCUAAGACUACCCACCCAUCUACAUGAAAGGCUAAGUUUGAUUCGAAAUGCAAAGGCCAGACUGGAAGAGAAAGGAAUAACUCCAUCAAUUGAUAGAAUUGCUGAAUGUCUGAACAUGUCGCAGAAAAAGGUCAAAAAUGCCACUGAGGCAAUCACCAAGGUUUUCUCACUUGACAGAGAAGCAUUUCCCUCAUUAAAUGGUCUUCCUGGGGAAACUCUUCACAGUUACAUUGCAGAUAAUCACGUCGAGAAUAAUCCAUGGCAUGGGGUUGAUGAAUGGGCACUGAAGGAUGAAGUAGAUAAACUCAUUAAUUUGACAUUAAGAGAGCGGGAGAGAGAGAUUAUACGUCUGUACUAUGGCCUAGACAAUGAAUGUCUCACUUGGGAAGAUAUCAGUAGACGGAUAGGUUUGUCGAGGGAGAGAGUGAGGCAGGUGGGACUUGUUGCUCUUGAGAAAUUAAAACAUGCUGCCAGGAAGAGAAGAUUAGAUACCAUGUUGGUACAACAUUAAUCUGGAGGGCCUUAAUGGACAAAGAAGAUCAUGUUGUGUAUAUACACAGGCAGAGAACUCAAAUUUUCUUAGAUAGCGAUUCAAGAAGAUUUGCCAAUCUUAAUUACGGCAAGAAGAAUAUUAACAUACUUCAGAAUUCGAAAAAGAUGGAGCAAAAUGCUUGUAUAUCAUAUGGACUUUAUUUUGUCUAGUUAUGUUUGCACUGCUAAUCCUCAUUACCUUCUUUUGCAAUUGAUGAAGAUGUAUAAUAAAGUAGCCAUUAGGGUAUAGAUGUCUUUAAUUUCAUAACAAUUCAUAGA